GCAUACUGUAGACUCGGGUUUCAACUUCCAUGGCAACAUCGCGGUGCUCUUCUGGCUACUUCUUCAUUAAGCUACAGUGAUCGGCAAUUCCGGCAAAACACAGGCGAAGCAAACACGAAAACAAGAUGUCCCAAGAUCCGGGGCAGGCUCUGUACGAAUUAAACAUGCAGAGAGAGACGUGGUGUCGGGUGGAAGCAGAUAGCAAGGGGUUCUGGAGGCGAGCGCAGAGGAAACAUUUCGCCUGUCAUUUACAGUGCACUUCCGAUCUCAAUGCGCACACCACGCACAGCCCCAGUGACCGGUCUGCGUGGAUGUCUCACGCAGCGACGAUCCCGGAGAGAAGACACUUCCCCGAGAGCUAUAUGACCUCUUGCAAGUCAGUAAAACAUCAGCAAAAAUUAAAAGAUAAGGUACAUCUGGUGUGACCCUCCCAAGUAAAGCUACAGCUUCCAAGAUGUGCUGGAGAAACAGAAAAUGUUUAAAAUUAUGUAUCCUUAACUUUCUAAAUUGUGUAUUGGACAAGAGCAAAAUGUUCCAAAACAUAUGGAAAAAAAUACAGCAAUUUGUAUUACUGGAAUAGCAGAUCAAAAAUGUAAUUAGUAUACUAGCUGUAAAAAUGUCAGAAUAAGCCAUUUGACAUAAUAAUAAAACAAGCAAAACAUG